AUGGAGGUGGCCGAGAGCAGAGAACAGGCCUCCGUUGGGCCGACAACUGGGACAGAGUCCAACAUGACCAAUGGCGAGCGAAAUCCCUUUCUGGAUGAUCCUCUCAUGGAUGAUGGGCGCUCGAGUAGCUUGAGUGAGAUCGAAGAUGUCUCGGAUAACGAACUUUCCGACUUUGAGGACUCCCCAAAGCCGGAAAGGCAAUUGGAAAAUGACUCGGAGGCGGAAACCGAGCGCCUCGAGGACUCUCCUCACACUUCUCGAAAGCGAGACAUUGUGCUCAGUGCUGGUAGCGUCGGACCUAGUCCGAGCAAGCUUCAUCAGUCCACAACCUUGGCGGACGUCGACGAUGAAGAGCCCGUGGCGGACUAUUCCCCAAGUAAACUGCGGAGACCUUCUCAGAACAAUGGAUUGGCCGAUGAAGGCCUGGAACUUGAUGAUAUCGAGCUUCCCGAUAGCAUUGGCAAGAAGCGGAAGCGCAUUGAGGCCGGCGACGAGACCGGAACCGAAAUGGGUGACGAUGAGCCGCUAAAGAAGCGCCGAAACUCCAUCAAGAGCGAUCUGAGUGAUCCGAUUGAUGAAGAUGAUGAACCUCUUUCGCCGGAACCUCUCGACGAGCCGUUGGAAGACCCCACCGCUAUCAACGAAGACGAUACCCCCGCUGACGACCUCCCCGAUGCCGACCUUCCUACUAUAUCGUCCAAAGUCAAACAGGGCAAAAAGGGCGGUCGGAGAGGGAGAAAAGUUGCGGAUGGGGAUGAAGAAACCGAGGGUGGUACCGAAGCUACGGCCGACGACGCUCCCGACGACAAUCUCGGAGAAGAAGAGGAGCCUGUGGAACGAGGCGAUGAACCCGCCGAUCCCGAAACAGCUGCCAGAGUGGAAGAAGAGUCCGCGAAGAAAAUGUCGGCUAUGGAGUCACUGGCGACAUUGGAAAAGGAAUUCGCAACUUUGCGCGACAAGAUCUACGAUGAACGAAUCUCAAAGCUCAAUCGCGAGCUUGAAAUGCUAACCGGGCCGAAACCGACACAUCCUGAGUACUUGCGUCAGAUCGAAUGUGUGCAACGCCACAGGGAUGCCAAAGUCAAAUACGAGCAUGCAUUGUAUCGCUACCGCAUGAAGUCUCUGUUGAAUAAGAGCCUCGCGGAACGAGCCCAGGCACACAGCACCUACUUCCAGCGCGUACGAGACGUGCGUGAAUGUCAUUCCAGUUCCAUCAGCAAGCAGUUCUACGCUAUCCAGCAUGACCGUUUCAAGACCGAUGAGCUGAGCCCACACCACAUCAUUCCAUUCCCUACCCGCCGCUCUCAGCAAAUCGCGCACCAGACAGCCUACAACCACGAAGUCUCAGUCAUGGCUGGAGUUGCCAAAUACGUGGGCUUCCCAGCCGCGCCGACACUGUUAGGAGCACGACCGUCCGAACUUGAGGAUGACCUUGAGAAGAUGGGGAUCACCGUUGAAACUCGGGCCUUGGCUCCGCGAAAUUCGUCGGCAGCAGCGCCUCGGGGUGCCAUGUCAUCGAUGUCAUCAAACGUUUUCCGCACUGCUGCCGAAGAAGCUUUCCUGGAGCAAACGCCCUGGGCGAACCCGCAGCACCCUAUCCAUCAACAGCAGCCACAACAGAAUCAAUACUCACAACAACAUCAACCGCAAGGGCGGGUUUAUGAUUCAACGCAGUCAUCUUCGUUCGCAACACCUGCUGCCCAAAAGCGAGUGGUAGAUGUCAAUGCACCAAACGGCUCUGCGUCUACUAUCCCCGAGAACGUGUCUGCAGCCAACUCAUCAGCGAACAACACUCCCUAUGGCAUUGAACAGGGGGCGCGGCAAGGACAAGGCCCCUUUCGCAACCCGGAUUAUGACAUAGGACAAAAAUCCGGCUUCCGAUCUCAAAGUUCCUCCCCGCUAGAUUUACGGAAAACGCAGCCUUACCCAACCACCCUCGAUCGCCGUUCUCCACCACCAGAGUCCUCUCGCCCCAUCUUCUCUCCACCACCCGCUCGACAGGGCGUGUUCCAACCCUCUGCACCCCCGAAAUCAGAUGCCUCACCUCCUCACCCAUCCAAACCAGUUGAUGCGAUGCACUACCGGCCCCACCAGCCCGAGAUAUCAACAGGGUCAGGACCAAACAACCUUCCUCCACGAUAA